AAAUGGACCGUCCUCUCUGCCUAAAUUAUAUUUCUGAACUGUGAACAGGUGUUGCGGCGCGUAUAAAUACCUGUGCACACGGCGUACCUGCGCCAGUGCAGCAGCGUUCACAGAUUAGGAAUAGAAAUGUCCUCGACUGAGGGAAACACUCAGUCGUACAAGAUGAUGUCUUUAGACCACGACAUCAACCAGCACUUUCAGGAUGCCAUCGAUGUGCUUCAGCAGCAUUCCCACAGUUCAUACUACGAUUCAGAUUACACAUAUUAUGAGCAUCUGAGCUUACAGCAGUCGUCUCUGCCGUGUCAGAUCCGCUGUCUCUUCACGCACCAAUCGGACGUCCCGGCUCCAGUGCUGGACUGGAGUGACACAACUCAGUCUUGGAGUCAGGCGAUGACUGACGUCCCGUCGAGUCACCCGGUGAAGAACGAAACGCCUCAUUUUUACUCCAUCUUACAGCCGCAGAGAAACAGCAAAGGUCGUAAAAAGCUCAGACUUUAUGAAUACCUCCAUGAGGCCCUGAACGACCCCAGCAUGGGCGACUCGAUCCAGUGGACGGACAGCGGCAGCGGAACUUUCCACUUCGUCUCCAAAAAUAAAGAGAAGCUGGCUGAGUGCUGGGGACAGCGUAAGGGCAACCGCAAGACCAUGACUUACCAGAAGAUGGCGAGAGCUUUGAGAAACUACAGCCGCACAGGCGAAAUAGUCAAAGUGCGCCGCAAGCUCACCUACCAGUUCAACGCGGACAUCCUGCACAAGCUCGGCUCCGCGCAGGCCCCCAUGCACCUGCCCUGCCACGCGGCACCACCGGAGGUCCAGACCCAGCAGCAGAACCCGGCCGAGCAGAGCUACUGCGGUUCUGCGGGCGCGGACUGGCCCAGCUGGUACGGACACUAUCAGCUCCAGGAAGACUACGACCUGGCGACGAGCUUCACUUCGCACGCGGCGACCAAACUCUAGGCUCCAGCAAACUUUAGGGGUUUACGUUGUAAAAAGUCAGACACCGACAAAAGAAAUUUUAGCAAUUUGUGUAAAUAUUUUGUACAUUUCUAUGACCAGUUUUAUAUUUUUUAUCACAUUAAAAUUUCAUUGAAUCUCA